AUGGGUUCCACUGUGGAGUACGUAGACGCCUCCCAUGUGCACGCAGCCCGAUACGCGCGAAAUUCGAAAGCCGUGGGCGUUUUGUGGGCAAUUUUCACGGUUUGCCAUUUCAUAAUUUCCCUGGUGGCUUUUUUGACCCCCGACUGGCUCGGGGACUCCGAAGGGGAGUACCCUGCCAGGUUUGGACUGUGGAGCGCCUGCACGACCACGACUGAUGCUGGUGAAACAUGCGAUGGCCGCCUUGCAGAUUUUUCGGAGCUUCCUUCUGGAAUCUUCCAGUUGGCCACAGUAUUCGUGGGGGCUGCCGUCGUGGCUUCGGCUUUUGCUAUUCUUGCCAUGCUGUUAUUUUUCUUCUGUCCAUCAACUGCUGUUUUCCACAUAUGCGGAUGGCUGCAAUUGGUAUCUGCCGUUACAAUGGCUACCGGAGCCCUAUGCCACCCACUAGGCUGGGGUGCACCAGCAGUGCGUAGGGCCUGCGGCCCAUCAGCAGGAGCUUACGCACCUGGUGCGUGUUCGCCCCGCUGGGCCUUGGCCUUAGCCCUGGCCGGGGCCUGCGACGCUUUGGCCCUUGCAGGACUCGCAUUUGUUUUAGCUACGAGACACGUGAAACUACAAGCGGACGACGGAAUUUAUAACAGACCUGGCAGCGUAUACAAGGGUGAAAUAAACAACGCCUACAUAACCGAUGCGGCCAGCGUAACGGAAUCACGCAAAUCUCUUAAUUUGCACCCGGUAUUACUGGUAUCGAGAGGGCCUCCGGCAGCCGGAGUGCCAAUGGGGCACCCAGUGGGUCCUCCUAGGCCCCAUCAUGGAAUGGUUGCAGUUCCUUCUCAAGCAAUUAUGGAUGAUGCUUGUUCGCAAUUUUCUACUCGAUAUCAAUAUGGACAAAAUAAUAAUGGGGGUAGCAGCGUGCACAAUUUUCAAUUGUAA